AUGUCAUCAAAGUUUCGAUGUUUAUUCAAUCCUCGAAUACAGAUUGAUGUCAAUCGGAACAUUCUACCGAGCUUCUCGGUGACGGUAAAACACCAACAAUGUCUACGACAAAAUAACAAAAGAACAUUUGUCGAAACGUCGAUGACGAAACUUCAAAAAAACUUAUUCGACACGAGUCUAUUUGUUCAAAAGCUAGAAUCGGAAGGAUUUACCCGACAGCAAAGCGAAGCGAUAAUGAAUUCUUUAUCGGAAGUUAUAGAUGAAAGUAUGCAGUAUUUAACUAGAAAUAUGGUAACCAAAGCUGAUCAGGAAAAAGCCUUGUACACAACCAAAGUGGAUUUUGCUCAAUUAAAAUCCGAGAUUCAAAUGCUAGAAAAAAAUGAUUUCUCAAUUCUAAAGUCGGACAACGAGAAGUUGGUGGCGGAGGUAGAAAAACUUAAGCAGAGGCUCGGAGAGGAGAUCAAGAGAACGCAAGCCAGUACCAGGCUAGAACUCAAUUUGGAGAAAGGCAGGAUAAGAGAUGAAUCAAGUAUGUUGGAGAUGAAGUUAAAGGAAACUGACACACGAUUUGAAAGUGAAAUCAGUAAUUUAAGAACUCAGAUGGAAUCCAUUAAAUUUCAGACCCUACAGUACAUGAUUGGCAAGUACAGUACAUUGACGGGUGCUGGAGCAUUGAUUUUAGCAUACCUGAGAAUGUUUCGAUAG